AUGAUAAGAAUCGACGAUAGAUGGACUGAAAGAACUCUAGAAUGGAUCCAAGGAGAUGCAAAACGCCCUCGAAGGAGACCGCCAAAGAGAUGGGGUGAUGUGUUCGCCACAUGGGUGGACCAGCUGAGAGCUGAGCUGGAUACGGCUCAAGGAAUCUCGUCACCGUCACUCACGAAAUUUGAGGACAUCUUGGAUGACAAUGGCGAGGGAAUGAAACGUGUGGAAGAGAUGCUGGGGCUCGCACAUCCAGUGAAUACGGGCCAUCUAAGUUUCAUAUAA